ACCCAACACAGCGCCACUCUCUUUCUUUCACGUCUUUUACCCUUCUCCGACUCUGCUGUCUGCUCCGCCUCCCGUUCCCCUUCCAUCGCCGGCAAAUCCCGCCUGGUUCUGGCGAGCCCUCGCGCCGCCGACCACCGCACCGGCACCAACUCCUCCUCCUGCACGGUCUCCAUGGAAUGGAACCAUCGUUCUGCAGCCCCCACGGCGAUCCCUAGACCCACAGGAAUCCGCCAAAGCGGUGCCGCCGCUUGGCUCCGUCGAGCUCCGGCCGGCCCUCCUCCUCUAGCGCAUCUACAUGCCGCCUCCACCACAACUCACAGCCAAAGAUCGAUUUGCUGCUGCCGGUGAGCGCGUCUGACCACGGCCGGCGGGAGGGCUCGCUGCGGCGCCAGGAUGACGGCGGGGAGGCACGAAGGACGAGCCGGUGGUCGCCUGCACCGCCUGCUUCUGGCAGAAGUCCGGUCGGAGGUGCUUCUGCCGGCGUCUUCUUCUUCUGGCAACCUCGCCCGCGACCUACUGAUGUUGGCCACCACUCGAAGCCGCUGCAUCCAGGAUCACUCACGGCAACAGACCAAACAGCUGCUGCGUGUGAUGGUGGGCUGCCGGAGGGGCUUGCUGUGUUGCCGGGAUGGCGGCGGGGAAGCACGGAUGAUGAAUCAGUGUUCCCCUGCCAUGGCUGCUGCUCCCGCAGUAUGGCCGGAACUGCUGCCGCUGGCGUCUUCCGGCGACAACGCCACUUCUACUGUCGGCCAGCACUCUGAGCUGCCACUGCCUCGCGAAGCAUGAGGCUUUUUGCUAAUAACCACAAUGAUCAUCGUACUGUUCAUAAAAGUGGGAACAUACUCCUUGGUUAGUUGUUUGUGCUUCGCUUGAUUCCAUCUUAUCACUGAGGAACAGACCUUUCUGAUGUAUCAAUUUGUAGGCACUGUUUUUGAUUCGAAGAUUUGCCAUCUGAGUUUGAUUUCUAUUUGUGUAGUCAUGCUGGCAUUCAGCUGUAUGUUGUUGCAUGAUUGAAAGCUCUCUUUUUCCUGUAAUGUCCACUGCUCCAAGUGCAAGGGGCAAGUCUUGUUGUCCAUUCCAAAAACCCAGCUGGCCAUGUAUUUUUCGCAUUACUGUUCUUGACUCCCUUGUUUACUUCUGCAAGGGCUUUAAGUCUGGUGCUUCCAUGAGCUGGCCAGGUUGCCAGGGUUCAGCCAUGAAAGUGACUAUCUGCAUUUGGAGCCUUCCAUGAUAUGGCAGAUGCAGCAGCCUAGUAAAGUCUGGCAUGUGUUCUUAUUUAAAAUAAUCUUAUGGUAAAAUCUUUUCUUUUCCUGUAAAUAACAAAAUGCUCAAUUAAAAUUGGUUUGCAGUUAGAUGGAUAUGUAGUUCUUAAACAUGGGUUGGUAGAUGUUACAUGUGUAUCCCAGUUCACCUUUGUUUUUACAUGGUCUUUUGAGGUUUGAUCGAGGUGGCAUAUCUGGUACAUGUUUCUGGUAGUUCCAUGUUAAAUGUUCAAUACUUUGUUUAGAAGGACAAAAGGUAGUCAUUGAUUUGCUAUAAUUAGCUUUUGAUAGUGCUAUUGCUAUAUAUUUGCUUGACAGUAAGCAUUCUUGUUUCUCUUAAUUGCAUCAGGUUCAUGGCACCUGGGGCUGUGAGAUCUGGUAGCCUUUCAUUCCUCGUGUCCGGUAUGACGCCUCGGUUCCAUCCUCGCGGUCUUGUCCGACGUCCUCAACGCCUGGUGAGACUUCUCAUUCCCCCCCAGGCCCUAGGCCUUUGACCGAACCAGGACUCCCAUAGUAGUCUAAAAAAAGUCAAGAUCUUGUGCAGCUGUACUGAUUACCAUCAGAACCUGGUAUCUUCCGAUUGGUCAUAUUGGCUUGAGUGUUUGGGUUGAAAUAGCCUUCUAUUCUUUUUGUCAAGGUCAUGAAAUUUUGGAACUUGGCAUUGGUAGAUGAUUUUCCCUGUCAAGCUGGUGAUGAUGCAUAGGUGAUGGGUCUAUGUUUGUUUGGAGUAGCUAAUUAAAAUCUGAUGCAACCUGGGUGUUAUUUUGUUGAUUCACCUGUUUGUAAAUAGUAGUACAUGAGCCACAAUUGCUGCGUUGUUACAUAUGAUUCUUGACAUGAUUUGGUAUUGUUUGAGUUUAUCAAUUAUGCUGGUACUGCUAGUGUUAUUCAUCCCCACGACAAGGUUGUCGUUGUCUUCAACUUGUGGUUAUGCAAUACAAUUUGCAUUAGAAGCUACACAGGUCGUUAUUUUUUUGUUCCUAGUCGAAGAGUGGAUGAUGUUUUUAUACCUGCCAUUUCUGUUUAUAUCGUCAUGGUCUCCGAAUACUUUGAACCUGGGUGUUAAGGUUCUCCUCUAGUCUAAAAAAAAAGUUCUUAUCAUACACAGCAUAUAUUGAUUACCAUUGGAUCCUGGUAGCUUCCGAUUGGCUUGAGUGUUAGCUUCACUUUUGGGCAAUGUCAUGAAAUUUCAGAACUGGGCAUUGGUCGAAUUUGUUAAAGGAUUUACUGGUAGAGUUGUGUGAUUUCUUGUAUAGUUGAGUGCUGGCAUAUGUCAUGUGAUAAGUAUUUUGCCUUGUUCCCCUACUGUUGCUCUUUGUACAUGGACAUGAUGAUGUUGUUUUGUAAAGAUUGAGACAGAUUUCUUGAAUGGGUUACGUCAUAAUAA